AUGACGGCCGGCGGGCAGGCCGAGGGCGCGGGCGCGGACCCCGCUUCCGCGCGGCUGCCUUCCCGGGUGGCCAAGCUACUGUCGGCCCUCUUCUACGGGACCUGCUCCUUCCUCCUCGUGCUGGUCAACAAGGCGCUGCUGACCACCUACCGUUUCCCAUCACCAAUUGUUCUUGGAGUUGGACAGAUGGCAGUUACCAUAAUGAUACUAUAUGUGUCCAAGCUAAAUAAAAUAAUUCACUUUCCUGAUUUUGACAAGAAAAUUCCUACAAAGCUGUUUCCUCUGCCUCUCCUCUACGUUGGAAACCACAUAAGUGGAUUAGCAAGCACAAGUAAAUUAAGCUUGCCGAUGUUCACUGUGCUCAGGAAAUUUACCAUUCCACUUACUUUACUGCUGGAAACCAUCAUACUCGGGAAACAAUAUUCCUUGAACAUCAUUGUCAGUGUCUUUGCCAUCAUUCUUGGUGCUUUCAUAGCAGCUGGUUCUGACCUUGCUUUUAACUUGGAAGGCUAUAUUUUUGUAUUUCUGAAUGAUAUCUUCACGGCAGCGAAUGGCGUUUACACCAAACAGAAAAUGGACCCAAAGGAGUUAGGGAAAUAUGGAGUGCUUUACUACAAUGCCUGCUUCAUGAUUAUCCCAACUCUUAUCAUUAGUGUCUCUACUGGAGACCUUCGACAGGCUACUGAGUUCAAUCAAUGGAAGAAUGUUCUGUUUAUCAUACAGUUUCUUCUUUCCUGUUUUUUGGGGUUUCUGUUAAUGUACUCCACAGUUUUGUGCAGCUAUUACAAUUCAGCCCUGACGACGGCAGUGGUUGGAGCCAUCAAGAAUGUAUCCGUGGCCUACAUUGGAAUGUUAGUAGGUGGAGACUACAUUUUCUCUGUGUUAAACUUUGUAGGGUUAAAUAUUUGCAUGGCAGGAGGCUUGAGAUAUUCCUUUUUAACUCUAGGCAGCCAAUUAAAGCCUAAACAACCUGUGGAUGAAGAAGACGUCUCUCAAGAUUUGAAGGUCUAGAACCUGGGGCAGAAUUGCAGACUGGCUUCCAGACUGUGGGGAGGGGGAAUAUUCCCAGCUGUUUUGGCUGCGGCA